CGGAAGCUGUGGCUGUGUGGCACCUGCGCAGAAAGAUGCGUUAAGAUGGAGGUUGCUGGAGUAGAAGCCUGUGAGGUGGUGUUUCUCUGAGAUGAAAUACAUAAAAGUUUUUAUUUCAGAGAUUCCAUGGAAUUGUGGCUGGUACUACUCUGCGAUGUCUGUGUAUGAAAGGGGAAAUGGAGACAGACAUAGGAAGGAAGAAGAAAGAAUCUUGCAGGCUAACAAUAGAAAAUUCAACUCUCUUUUUGACUAUCCGGACAAUUCCAUCAAGACCUCAAAGUAUAAUUUCUUUAACUUCCUGCCCAUUAACCUGUUUGAACAGUUCCAGAGACUUGCAAAUGCCUAUUUCCUCAUUUUGCUAGUCCUGCAGUUGAUUCCUCAGAUCUCCUCCCUGGUGUGGUAUACAACUGUGAUACCCCUGGUCGUGGUGCUGUCCAUAACAGGAGUGAAAGAUGCCAUCGAUGAUGUGAAAAGACACCAAAGCGACAAGCAAGUCAACAACCGCUCUGUUUUGAUCCUGGUGAAUGGCAGGGUUGAGAAGGACAAGUGGAUGAACGUUCAAGUGGGAGAUAUUAUAAAACUGGAGAAUGACCACCCAGUUACCGCAGAUGUACUGUUACUCUCUAGCAGUGAGCCGUAUGGUCUGACAUACAUUGAAACAGCAGACCUGGAUGGUGAAACCAACCUAAAGGUGAAGCAAGCCAUCUCCGUUACCAGUGACAUGGAGGAUAACCUGGAGCUGCUGUCUGCCUUUAAUGGAGAAAUUAGAUGUGAGCUUCCCAACAACAAGCUGGACAAGUUCUCUGGAACGCUGAGCUAUCUGGGGGAUACCUACUUCCUGGACCAUGAGAGGCUGCUGCUCCGAGGCUGCAUCAUCAGGAACACAGACUGGUGCUAUGGUUUGGUCAUUUACACUGGGCCAGACACCAAGUUAAUGCAGAACAGUGGACAAUCCACCUUCAAACGAACACAUAUAGACCAUCUCAUGAAUGUCCUUGUGGUCUGGAUUUUCCUGGUUUUGGGCACAAUGUGCUUUUUGCUAUCCAUUGGACAUGGCAUUUGGAAGAGCAACAAAGGCUACUUUUUCCAAGCGUUUCUCCCAUGGGAACAUUUUAUUGCCUCACCAGCUACAAGUUCUGUCCUCAUUUUCUGGUCCUACUUCAUAGUUCUCAACACCAUGGUACCCAUCUCCCUCUAUGUCAGUGUUGAAAUAAUAAGACUGGGCAACAGUUACUAUAUCAACUGGGAUCGGCAGAUGUUUUAUGUGCCAAGGAACACCCCGGCACAAGCUCACACCACCACUCUUAAUGAGGAACUCGGCCAGGUUCAAUAUGUGUUCUCUGACAAAACGGGAACUCUGACUGAGAAUGUGAUGACUUUCAGCAAGUGCUCUAUCAAUGGGAAGACCUAUGGUUACUGCUAUGACGCCAAUGGACAGUGUGUGCCCGUGUCUCUGAAAGACAAGGUUGACUUCUCCUACAACCACCUGGCAGACCCCAAGUUUUCCUUCUAUGAUAAUACUUUGGUGGAAGCCGUGAAGAGUGACGAUCACCUGGUGCACUUGUUCUUCCUCUGCCUCUCACUGUGCCACACGGUGAUGUCAGAAGAGAAGGAGCAAGGUGAGCUGGUGUACCAGGCCCAGUCACCAGAUGAAGGCGCCCUGGUCACCGCUACCCGGAACUUCGGCUUUGUGUUCUGCUCCCGCUCCUCUGAGACCAUCACGGUGAUCGAAAUGGGGAAAACCCGAGUUUAUCAUCUCCUGGAGAUUCUGGACUUCAGCAAUGAGCGCAAGAGGAUGUCAGUGAUUGUUCGGACACCUGAAGAUCGGGUCAUGUUGUUCUGCAAAGGAGCAGACACCAUCAUCUAUGAGCUGCUUCAUCCGUCCUGUGCAUCCCUUGCAGAAGUGACCAUGGAGCAUUUAGAUGAUUUUGCCCGUGAAGGCCUUCGCACGCUCAUGGUAGCUUACCGAGAGCUGGACAAUGCAUUUUUCCAGACAUGGAUUAAAAAGCACAAUGAAGCUUGCAGGACGUCAGAAGCUCGAGAAAGAAAACUAACUAUGGUUUAUGAAGAAAUUGAAAAAGACUUGAUGUUACUAGGAGCCACAGCCAUAGAAGACAAGCUUCAAAGCGGAGUGCCUGAGACAAUUGUCACCCUGAGCAAAGCCAAGGUCAAAGUAUGGGUUCUUACCGGUGAUAAGCAAGAGACUGCUGUGGACACUGCGUACUCCUGUAGGAUAUUCAGGGAUGAGAUGGAUGGGGUCUUCGUGGUGGAAGGCACAGACAGGGAGACUGUUCUGCAAGAACUCAGGACAGCAAGGAAGAAGAUGAAACCUGAGUCUCUCCUGGAAUCAGAUCCCAUAAACAUUUACCUCACCAGGAAACCCCAAAUGCCUUUCAGAGUACUUGACGAGGUGCCCAAUGGCAACUAUGGCUUGGUCAUCAGUGGCUACAGUCUGGCCUACGCUCUAGAAGGGAGCAUGGAGCUGGAGCUGCUGCGCACAGCCUGCAUGUGCAAGGGCGUGGUCUGCUGCCGGAUGACGCCCCUUCAGAAGGCCCAGGUGGUGAACCUGGUGAAGAGGUACAAGAAGGUGGUGACACUGGCCAUCGGGGAUGGGGCCAAUGACAUCAGCAUGAUCAAAGCUGCACAUAUUGGGGUUGGCAUCAGCGGCCAUGAGGGACUGCAGGCCAUGCUCAGCAGUGACUUUUCCUUCUGCCAGUUCCGCUAUCUUCAGCGCCUACUCUUGGUGCACGGCCGCUGGUCUUAUAAUCGCAUGUGCAAGUUUCUCAGCUACUUCUUUUACAAGAACUUUACCUUCACCCUGGUGCACUUCUGGUACGCCUUCUACAACGGCUUCUCCGCACAGACAGUUUACGACACCUGGUUCAUCGCCUGCUACAACAUGGUCUACACUUCCCUCCCUGUCUUGGGCCUGAGUCUGUUUGAGAAGGAUGUGAACGAAACAUGGAGUCUGUGUUACCCAGAGCUGUAUGAACCAGGACAGCACAACCUAUAUUUCAACAAGAAGGAAUUUAUAAAGUGUUUAAUGCAUGGUAUCUACAGUUCCUUCGUGCUGUUCUUUGUGCCCAUGGGGACCAUCGUAAACUCGGAGCGCAGUGAUGGAAAGGACAUUUCCGACUUCCAGAGCUUUUCUCUGCUAGUGCAGACCGCCUUGAUCUGGGUGAUGACAAUGCAGAUCGCCCUGAACACAACCUCCUGGACGGUGAUAAACCACACCUUCACCUGGGGCAGCCUGGGGCUCUACUUCAGCAUCUUAUUCGUCCUGUGUAGUGAUGGCCUCUACCUAAUGUUCCCCAGCAUCUUCCAUUUCUUAGGUGUGACCAGGAACAGUCUUUGGCAGCCCCAUAUGUGGCUGUGCCUCAUCCUCAGCACAGUGCUCUGUAUGGUCCCUGUGAUUGGAUACAACUUUCUUAAGCCACUCCUCUGGCCGGUUAAUGUGGACAAGGUUCUGAACAGGAUUCAUUUUUGCUUGAGACACCCGCUGCCACCCCCAGUCCAGACCAAAGUGAAACACCCAAGCAUUCGACGUUCUGCCUAUGCGUUCUCCCACAAGGAGGGCUUUGGGGACCUCAUCACGUCCGGCAAGACACUGAAGUCCAGUGCCUUCAGAAACAGCAGGAAGUCCCUUUAAAAACGUAGAGGCCCUUAGGGAAACCCUCAGCCAGUCAACCAUUGCUCUUCCUCCCUUUUAUUUAUGCAACGAAGUAAAAAGGGAGUGGGGCCAUUGGGAAACGAGCAUAAACCUCUUCUCAGGGCUUCAGCUUCUUCAUUCCCCAGAAAGCUGUACCCAGGAAAGGCAAGAAAAGAGGUAACAGCCCCCAGACAUCACCCAGAGUGGCAGUAUUUCCAGAAAAAACAAGUCCAAGCCUCCCAUCAUUCCUUCCAGAUUUUAACCCAGACAGGCACAUGUGGAGGAGGUGAAGAGGGCCGUAAGGGUGAAGACAGGGCACACCCAUACCCAGAGCAACUGUAAACCUUCCCAGAAGCCAUGUGCACAUAUUCCCACCCAGACACCAUUCUCAGAUUUUUCUGGAAGAUUGGGGUGCCGGGUCAGCAUCUUGCUGGCCCUAAGUAGCAAAGGAGGAGGUGACUGGGAAGAGCUGGUCUUCAGAGGCUCGAGGACAGUUUCUGGAACAAAUGGAAAAAAAGAAAGAAGAAAGGAAAGAAAAUGGAGGCAUGUCCUGCCUAAACAGGACAGCUCAGAGUUUUGCCUUCAUCCCCUCGCUAGCCCCUUUAAGAACUGAUGCUUAUUCAGGCAUUAGAAUUAAGAGGGGAACAAAUGCAGGUGAUUGAAAAAAUAGCUUCUUAAGGGGAUGUAAGCCAUUGCUGGUGAGUGUUUGUCUUCUAUAAAAUGAUUCUGAGAAGAAAUUGUAUGUACCUGGAAAACUGUUUGAAGUUUGCAGAGAAAUAAAUGGAGAAAUAAAUUGCUUAUUUU